ACAAAACGUCCACCAAACACCCUACCCCCACACCUCCCCCUAUAUAUUCAAAAUCCCCAAUUUCCCACAACACAAAUCACAAUCAACAUCUUCUAAUCUUCAAACAUCUCAGAUUUUUAGGUCAAUUAAACAAUGUCAGGACGCGGAAAGGGAGGAAAAGGGUUAGGAAAGGGCGGAGCAAAGCGUCACAGGAAGGUUCUCCGAGACAAUAUUCAGGGGAUAACCAAGCCAGCGAUUCGAAGACUGGCUCGUAGAGGCGGAGUGAAGCGGAUCAGUGGGUUGAUAUACGAAGAGACACGUGGAGUGUUGAAGAUAUUUCUAGAGAAUGUUAUUAGAGAUGCGGUUACCUACACUGAGCAUGCCAGGAGGAAGACGGUUACUGCUAUGGAUGUUGUUUAUGCGUUGAAGAGGCAGGGAAGGACGCUUUAUGGGUUUGGUGGUUAGGGUUUGGGAUUUGGGGAAAAGUCUUGCUAUCAAGAAAGAAAACGGGUUAGGGUUUGUUCGGGUUUAUUGUGUUGAUGUAAAAAAUGUUAUGGUUGGAAAUUUGCAAUGUGUUUUGUGUUUCAAUGGAGGGUAUUAUAGUUGCCUUUACUUGUUAUG